AUGACAACCUUGCCGCUAAAGCCUGGGGCUGUUCCCAGGAUUCGCCAUGACGACCUGGAGGACAUAUCGCUCUUCGAGCCCUCACCCGGACGCCGACAUUCCAGUGGUAAUACAAACACCGAGUUGUAUUCGCCAGUCUCCUCAAUCUCAUCAGCAGAUGAUCACAGCGUUCUAUCGAACGGAAGUAACCCAACGCUUGUCUCAGACAGCUCAUCGUUGCGGUCUUCCCUUUCAUCAAUCUCUUCCCCCGCUCUGUUGAGUAUGUGCGGGCCGUUUACAUCGCGCCCCAGUGUACAGUCCAGUCCUGCUCUACCGCAUCUUGAUGAGCAUCAUGCCUUUGAGCAGAGCCAUUUCCAGAUGAAGCCCGACUUUCACUCGUUCACCGACAAAACGUCCAUGGCCAGCCUAUCUCGCCUUCCUGCUCGCCGCAUGCGCACUCGUAAACAGCGUGAGCUUGACUAUGAGAACGAUUUGGGUGAGGAUUUCUGGCUCCAGGAUGGGCUGAUGUUCAAUGUGCCUAUGUCGCCUGCGCUCUACAUGCAACAAAAGCAACGCAAGAGUAGGCCCUCCUUUUCCACUCCACAGGGCCCCAAAAGCUCAAACGGUCACUACCACCGUCAAAAAUCUGCGAACAAAUGCGAUAACCAUGGACAAAGAAAGCCCCAGAACGGCCCCCAUGACCCCCAGAGCAAACCACCUCGCCUCCCCCAACCGUCGAAUCGUCGUAAGUCUGCCACUCGUAAUAGCAAUGCUACCCUGCCUAGUAUCAAAGAAACCGAUUCCCAAAAUUCUACCAGGACAGCAGCUUAUCAUGACAUGUCUGUGAGCUCUGAGGAUUUGUCGCUGGCCAGUAUGCUGGACCACUCUCUCAAUUUUGAUUAUGCACAAGAAGUAUCAUUCACUUCGCCUUUAUCUGUAAAGUCUCGAUCUGCAUCUCUACCCUGUCUCAAUACCGAUCUACCGCCGCCCUCUCCUAUCAUGUCGUCUUCGUCAUCUCCCCGACGCACCUCUCUCACCCGGCCCGAGCAUUUACCACCCAAAACGCCUGAUGAAGAGAAGAAGCACCUCGAUGAGUAUGGCAAGAUUAUGGCCAUGGCUGCUGAGCAUGAAAAGAAGCGGCAAAGUGCCGAAGAAGCCAAGGCCCAAGCUCGCACUAACCAAAUGCAUGCCGACAUUGAUGUUUGGCAAGCUUGGCUCAAAAACCCUACCAGCGCUCCAAAGCGUUUGCGCCAACUCUGGUGGAGGGGUAUCCCUCAGCGUGUGCGUGGUGAUGUUUGGAUUUCACAGGUAGGAAACUCAUUAGAGGUCACUUUGGAAGGAUGCACAUUGUCUGGCAAUGAGGCAGAUAUCGUGCAGGACUCGGCUCGUGUCUGGCCAGAGCUAGGCAUUUUCCAGCCUGAUCGACCUCUACAUCGUAGUCUCAUUCUGAUUGUCCGCUCUUUCUUGGGCCUGCAUCCCGGUCUCAAGUAUCAGCGGGCACUAUCUCUGAUUGCCGGCUUGCUCUUACUUGAGCUUGACGAGGAAAAGGCACUUGUUGUCAUGGCUAAUAUGCUUCACAAGAGCCUUCCUUUGGCUGUUAUGAUGGGCGACGAGCAAACGGCCACUGCCCAUUACACGCCAUAUUACAAAGUGUUCAGAGCCAAGUUCGGUCGCCUGAACGACCACUUCAACAGCAUCCGCAUGGCUCCCAACCACUAUCUCGAUUCUAUGAUUAGCAACAUGUUCACUGACCGGCUCGAUGUCGACACAGCUGCUCACAUUAUCGACGUAUUUUUGUUCGAAGGAGAUGGCUUCUUACUACAGGCCGCACUCGGCUUAGUGCGUAGUAACGAGGCCUCCUUGUAUCAAUCCCGAAACGAAGUCAUCGAGGCACUCGAGGCCAAGGUCACCAUUUCAGAUGAGGCUCUUUUCGAUCAUAUUUCUCAUUCUACCCGCUGA